UUUGUGUCUGUCACGCUUCAGGAGUGAGUCAUUUUAUUCUUCCAUUCUAUUUCUUCAGUGACAGCCUUAUAUAAUCUUAUAUUCUACUAAUUCCGAAACCAUUUUCACCUGAAAAUUACAACUGUAGCUGUCAAGACUACAGGAAUGCUGCUGCAACUCCAGUCAUAGUGAGUUGUGAAAUGGACUCAGAGGAACGCACUUCAGCCAUGUCGCAGAAGAUUUUAACCUUGUCACGCAGCAACAGCAGCGCCUCCUCUAAACUUGACAGCCGACAGGACAGCUGGGAAAUUGUGGAUGGUCUGCGUGGAGGCUUCAGCAGUGCCCUGGAGCCCCAGAAACAGGAGGGUUAUGUGCUAAAGAAGAGGAAGUGGCCCCUCAAGGGUUGGCAUAAGAGAUAUUUUUCCCUGGACAAGGGCAUCCUGAAGUAUGGCAAGUGCAAAGCUGAUAUUGAGAAGGGAAAGCUUCAUGGCUGCAUUGAUGUGGGCCUCUCUGUUAUGGCCAUUAAGAAGAAAGCCAAGUGCAUCGAUCUUGAUGCUGAGGAGAACAUCUAUCACCUGAAGAUCAAGUCACAGGAGCAUUUUGAUGAAUGGGUGUCCAAACUACGUCACCAUCGGCUCUAUCGGCAAAAUGAGAUUGCCAUGUGUCCCAGUGAGAAGCCCUUCCACUUUCCCCACUACCCCUCCCCCACCUCUCCAAGCUUUGCUGACGGUGCUUCUAUAAGAAAGUGUGUGCCUAUACGCAGGCAGUCUACGGUGCAUUCUGCAUUCGGCUGCAAUGGUCAAGCCAAGGUAGCGGCCUGGCUGCAGUCAUCUGAUGACAUGGAUAAGUGCUCCAAAGACUUGUCAGUUUGUGAGGCGUAUCUAUUAGAGCUGAGCCACCUCCUUCAGAGUAUGGAGGUCAUCCAUCGGACCUAUUCUGCUCCAUCUAUCCAAACUCUUCAGGCAUCUACAUUUGACAGUCCUAAAAAGGAAAAGAGGCUUCAGAGAAAAUGGCGCACAAAGAACUACAACAAAGAUGUCAAAACAACACUGCAGGUUCCCAGCUGCAUCUCCUCUGGUUCUAUCCGCCUCCAUGCCUCGAACCCCAACCUCUCCACUGCUGCACUAUGCAAUGACAAAGUCGACCAGGAAUCUCUGGAUUCUCCUUUUGACGUGACCAAGCUGCAGGAGGAUUUCUGCCGUGUCGCUACUAAUCUGCACACCACUAUGAAGUCAGCUCUGAUCUCACUAACGUCAGAGAGGGAGCGAUUAAAACAAUGUGUGGACCAUGACACCUGUCCCCCUACCUCCCCGCAGGUGGUCGGUUUGAAGAAUGCGCUGACAACGGCUUUAGCCCAGAACUCAGAGCUGCGAGAGCGCCUGUGCAAGAUUCAUGCUGACUCCCACAUCAUAGAGCCCACACUCCUAAAUCUCACUGCCCCUGUGCAGAAACAGGAGUCUGCAUCUGAAUCCCAUCCGUUGGUGCAUCAAGUGUCCAAUGAAAGCAGAGCGUCAAUCGCAGAGUCUCUGUCCGAGUUCUUUGACGCACAAGAGGUUCUGUUGUCCAAUAGUUCUUCUGAAAAUGAGGUAUCAGAGGAUGACUCGUACAUCAGUGACAUUAGUGACAACAAUUCCAUGGACAACUUCGGCAAUGACACAGAAACUGACAGACAAAACAUAGGUUCCGGAGAGAGCAGCACUGUCUUCUGUCGACGUAGAUCCCAUCUGUCUUCGCCUAGCCCCAGCAGUAGCACCAUCAGCCUGUGGAACAUCCUCAGGAACAACAUCGGCAAAGACUUGUCCAAAGUGGCCAUGCCGGUGCAUCUCAAUGAGCCACUGAACACCCUGCAGAGGCUGUGUGAGGAGCUGGAGUACAGCGAGCUACUGGAGCGGGCCGCAAACACUCAUGAUGCCUUUGAACGUAUGGUCUACAUGGCUACAUUUGUCAUAUCAGGUUACGCAUCCAGCUACUACAGAACUGGCGGGAAACCUUUCAACCCAGUCUUGGGAGAAACUUAUGAAUGUGACCGGCCAGAUAAAGGUUUCCGGUUUGUUGCAGAGCAGGUUAGCCAUCAUCCACCAAUCUCAGCUUGCCAUGCAGAGUCUAAAAACUUCAUCUUCUGGCAAGACGUGAGGUGUAAGAACAAGUUUUGGGGGAAGUCGAUGGAGAUUGUUCCUGUCGGCAGCACGCAUGUAACUCUGCCUGGGUUUGGAGACCACUAUGAGUGGAACAAGGUGACGUCCUGCAUUCACAACAUCCUGAGCGGACAGCGCUGGAUUGAGCACUAUGGCGAGAUAUCUAUCAGAAACUCAAACAGCGAUGCCUGCCAGUGCAAGAUUACUUUUGUUAAGGCUAAAUGGAACUCAAGUGCCAACGAGGUGGAAGGAACCAUCACGGAUCAGAAGGGGAACGUCAUCCAUAGGCUCUUCGGGAAGUGGCACGAGGCGGUUUUCUGUGGGGAACCGCCGUCAGCCACAUGCGUCUGGAGAGCAAAUGCAAUACCACUCGACCACGAGCAGUACUACGGUUUCACAAAGUUUGCCAUUGAACUCAACGAGCUGGACACAUCUCUAAAACUGCUGUUACCGCCAACUGACACCAGACUGCGUGUGGACCAAAGCGAUGUUUUCUGUAUUUGUAUGUGUAUGUGCUGCACGUCCAGACUGCUGGAGGAGGGAAAGUUAGAGGCUGCUGAGGAGCAGAAGCAAAGGAUUGAACAGCUGCAGAGAGAGAGAAGGCGAGUCCUUGAGGAGAGCAGCAUCACACAUCAACCAAAAUUCUUCAGAAAGUCAAAGGCUGAUACGUGGGUGAGCAACAACACAUACUGGGACUUGAGGAGAGAUCCAGGCUUUGCCCACAUAGAUUUCCCCACAUUGUGGUGACCUGAACUACAGCUUCAACGCAUUCAGUCUAAACAUCCACAUUCAAUGCCGACUUUCUGUAUUGUUGUUAUUGCCUUAACAAGUGCUUCUAUAAGUUGUGUGAACAUGCGAGAAUAUUGCUGUAUUUAAGCCCAUAUUUGGAGAAAUGUGAAAAGGAUGGCCUGUUCACCUCAUAACAAGUGUCUCAUUAAAAAAUAUUAAGCGGGAGCUCAUCUUAUCAGAGACAAUCUCUACCUCAGAUAUAGUAGCCUUGAUAUGCCAUUGAUUAACAUCUAGUAUUUAUUCUACACAUACCUGAUGCCUUAUCUGUGGUACUGUCAUCAUUUUAUUUGUUGCAUAUUAUAAAAUGUAUAGUUUGUAAGGAGCUCUGAACAUCAACCAAUCCUUACUGAAUGUUACUUUUUUAAACACCAAUGAUUAUGAUAUAUUAAAACUGUGUGAAUGAUGCAAACAUGAGUUGCUGUAGCAAAAUAUCCAUAUUUUCACCUCAUCUGGUGUACCUCUGUCUACACCUGCAUCAUGGUGCAACAUGGUUCAGACUGUGCUCCC